CGCGCGCCGCCGCGCUGCCGCCGCCGCCGAGAUGCGGUCCCUCGCCGUCGCGAGCCACGCCUCGCCAUUCGCCGCCGCGAGACGCCGGCCCCGCUCGUCCGCCUCCGCCAGGGAUGCAGUUUCACAAUGUGUCAAGUGUGAGAGAAAUCAGGACCGGCCUUUGGGAUCUCUAAGGAUAGGUUACUCUCAAGGAAGUUGGCAAAGACAUGGUUCCAAGAAUCUCUUCACACCAGCAGUUGCAGCGGUUUCAGUUGAACAAAUUGAAGUCAGUACUUAUCUCCCAAAAGGUGAUAUGUGGUCUGUGCACAAGUUUGGUGGCACUUGCAUGGGAACACCUCAGAGAAUUCAGAAUGUUGCUGAUGUAGUUCUUGGUGACUCCUCCGAGAGAAAGCUGAUCAUUGUAUCUGCAAUGUCCAAAGUUACUGACAUGAUGUACAAUCUCGUACAUAAGGCUCAGUCAAGGGACGAUUCUUACACAGAAGCAGUGGAUAAAGUUUUUGAGAAGCAUAUGUCUGCAGCGAAGGAACUUCUAGAUGGAGAAGAUCUUGCAAGAUUCUUGUCUCAGUUGCAUUCCGACAUCAGUAACCUGAGAGCAAUGCUUCGUGCCAUUUAUAUAGCUGGACAUGCAACAGAAUCUUUCUCUGAAUUCGUUGUUGGGUAUGGAGAGUUGUGGUCAUCUCAGAUGCUAUGCUAUGCUAUACAGAAGUCUGGAGCAUCUUGUAGCUGGAUGGAUACAAGAGAAGUUCUAGUUGUAAAACCUAGUGGUCCUGACAUGGUAGAUCCUGAUUAUGUUGAAUCUGAGAAGCGACUCCAGAAAUGGUUUUCACGCCAACCUGCUGAGAUAAUAGUUGCUACUGGCUUUAUUGCGAGUACCCCUGAAAACAUCCCUACUACUCUGAAAAGGGAUGGAAGCGAUUUCUCAGCAGCAAUAAUUGGUUCUCUUGUUAGGGCAGGCCAGGUCACAAUCUGGACUGAUGUUGAUGGGGUAUUUAGUGCCGAUCCUAGAAAAGUCAGUGAGGCUGUGAUCUUAAGCACAUUAUCGUAUCAGGAGGCCUGGGAAAUGUCAUAUUUUGGGGCAAAUGUAUUGCAUCCCCGGACCAUUAUACCUGUGAUGAAAGACAAUAUUCCCAUUGUCAUUAGGAACAUGUUCGAUCUCUCUGCCCCUGGAACCGUGAUUUGCAAGCAGCCUGCUAAUGAAGAUGCUGAUUUGGAUGCUUGUGUCAAAUCAUUUGCCACUAUAGAUAAAUUAGCCCUUGUUAAUGUUGAAGGAACUGGAAUGGCUGGUGUUCCAGGUACAGCAAAUGCCAUAUUUAGUGCUGUCAAAGAUGUUGGAGCUAACGUUAUCAUGAUAUCUCAGGCUAGCAGUGAACACUCGAUAUGCUUUGCUGUUCCAGAAAAGGAAGUUGCAGCAGUCUCUGCAGCUUUGCAUGCUAGGUUUCGCGAGGCAUUAGCAGCAGGAAGGCUAUCUAAGGUUGAAGUCAUUCAGGGUUGCAGCAUUCUUGCUGCUGUUGGCCUGAGAAUGGCAAGUACUCCUGGAGUCAGUGCAAUCCUUUUUGAUGCGCUAGCAAAGGCAAACAUUAAUGUACGAGCGAUAGCUCAAGGUUGCAGCGAGUACAAUAUUACUGUUGUGUUGAAGCAAGAAGAUUGUGUCAGGGCUCUCAGAGCUGCUCACUCGAGGUUCUUCCUCUCAAAAACCACACUUGCUGUUGGGAUAAUUGGACCUGGUUUGAUUGGGGCAACACUGCUUAACCAGCUUAGGGAACAGGUAUCAGUUCUCAAGGAAAAUAUGAAUAUUGAUGUGCGUGUCAUCGGAAUAACUGGUGCAAGCAGGAUGCUUUUGAGUGACACAGGGGUCGAGCUAACCAGUUGGAAAGAAAAUCUACAACAGGAAGCAAAACCCGCUGAUCUUGCUAAUUUUGUUCGCCAUUUGUCUGAGAACCAUGUGUUUCCAAACAAAGUAUUGGUGGACUGCACAGCAGACGCAGAUGUGGCCUCUCACUACUAUGAUUGGUUGAAGAAGGGUAUCCAUGUCAUCACGCCAAACAAAAAGGCAAAUUCUGGGCCACUUGAUCAGUAUCUGAAGCUAAGAACCCUACAGCGUGCAUCAUAUACUCAUUACUUUUAUGAAGCAACUGUUGGUGCGGGCCUCCCAAUCAUUAGCACCUUGCGAGGUCUUCUGGAAACAGGCGACAAGAUAUUGCGUAUCGAAGGCAUAUUCAGUGGGACUUUGAGUUAUAUUUUCAACAAUUUUGAAGGAUCAAGAAGUUUUAGUGAUGUUGUUACUGAAGCAAAAGAAGCUGGGUACACAGAGCCAGACCCAAGAGAUGAUCUAUCUGGAACAGAUGUUGCCAGAAAGGUCAUUAUUCUUGCUAGGGAAUCUGGUUUGAGACUUGAGCUUUCGGAUAUCCCCGUAGAGAGCCUUGUUCCAGAGGCGCUUAAGUCAUGCUUGUCGGCAGAUGAAUAUAUGCAAAAGCUACCAUCGUUUGAUCAGGAUUGGGCCACACAACGCCAUGAUGCUGAGGCUGCAGGCGAAGUACUGCGGUACGUUGGAGUCGUGGAUGUGCUGAACAAGAAGGGACGAGUAGAGCUGAAGAGGUACAAGAGGGACCACCCAUUCGCCCAGCUAUCUGGCUCCGACAACAUUAUCGCUUUCACCACCUCGAGGUACAAGGAGGAGCAGCCGCUGAUCGUGCGAGGGCCGGGUGCAGGUGCGGAGGUGACUGCCGGAGGUGUCUUCUGUGACAUCCUGCGUCUAGCGUCCUACCUCGGCGCUCCCUCGUAGACUUUGUGACCGUAUUGAUAAAUUUGCGGAGGUUGAUGGAUGCCAACAUGUACUAUUCUAUAUUGGAGGUGGUAGCGUUUUGUUCUGAAUAGGUGCGAGGAAAGCAAAUAAGGUUUACAUGACUUCCAGUGUGCUGUUCCUUGGUAGGGUGUGUGUAGGUGUUUGUUCUUCGGAUUUAGGUGCUUCUUUUUGUGCCACCCAUGCCAGAAUUGUUAUUGAAUUAUCAAUGCAAUAAUAAUGCCUCUUCUACAUCA